CCUCACUGUUCGCUCUUGGUGUGUAAAACCUCUUGCGUGAACUCAGUUUUGUGAUAAAUCUGAGCAAAAUGGAUCUCACUGCCAAACAUGGGCUGGUGCUUCUCGAACAGCUGAGGAAGAUGAGGGAGGUUGAGCACCUGACAGAUGUGGUGCUGGUUGCUGAGGGCAUCAGUUUCCCCUGCCACAGAGUCAUCCUUUCUGCCUUCAGUCCGUACUUCCGUGUGAUGUUUACAUGUGGUUUGCGUGAGUGCAGCAACAGAGAAAUAUUUCUGCGCGACACCCCAGCAGACAGCUUGGCUCUCCUCCUCAACUACAUGUAUACCUCACAUCUUCCUCUCACCAAUGCCAACGUUCAGGGCAUCUCCAUUGCAGCGUUCCUCUUGCAGAUGGAUGAGGUCUUCACACUCUGUCAGCAGUACAUGACUGAGAACAUGGAUGCUUCGAACUGUCUCGGUGUGUACUAUUUUGCCCGUGACCUUGGUGCAGAGGAACUGGCUGACCACGCUCAACGUUUCCUGAGGCAGCACUUUGUCCAAGUCUGCAAAAGCGAGGAAAUCCUGGACCUGGAGGCCCAUCAGCUUGGAAAGCUCCUGAGCUCUGAUGGUCUCAAUGUAACACGAGAAGAAACCAUCUUAGAUGUGGUUCUUCAGUGGGUCAAACACAGCCCUAUGAUGGAUGGAGAAGUACGUGUUCGGCAUCUACCAGAGCUCCUAAGGAAGGUCCGUCUGCCACUGAUAAACCCAAACUACUUAAGAGAGGCAAUGAGGAGAAACACAGAGCUGCUGGCUGAUGCUGAAUGUCUGGAUAUACUGAAUGACGCUCUAGAGGCCGCGGCAAUGCAUCCCUCAGCUGCACCACGCAAACUUAAGCUGCGCUAUGGAAUGGAAACCACAGAUCUGCUGCUCUGCAUUGGUAAUGACGGUGGAGGGAUCAGGUCAAGGUAUGAAAACUUUGCAGAACGAAGUUUCUGCUAUUCCCCAACCACAGGCCGGAUCUACUACAUCACUUCCCCUCGCUAUGGAGAGGCUCUGGGUUAUGUGUGUGCUGGAGUUGUUACUGAAAAAAAUGACAUUGUUGCAGCAGGAGAGUUAAGUGCGCGCAGAAUGGCUCGCCAGAAAGACCUGAACGUUGAGAUCUACCGGUAUAAAGUGGAAGCUCAGGGCAGCUGGGAGCACCUGACAUCAGCAGAGUAUCGUGACUCUUAUGCUUUGGGAUCGCUGGGUGACACUCUAUACCUCUUGGGUGGACAGAUGAAGCUGAAGGACCAGUUUGUCAUCACAAACUGUGUGGAAAGAUGGUCACUGCAGGGUGGACCCUGGCGAAGCGCAGCACCUCUCCCUCUGCCUCUGGCCUACCACACUGUGGUCAGGAUGAAAGACCUCCUCUAUGUGUUAGGUGGUCGCACCCCACAGUCAUACCGCCUGGAUGAUGAGCCUGACCGUCUUAGUAACCGCCUGCUGGAGUAUGAUCCGAACACAAACAAAUGGACGGAGCUCGGUCCCAUGAGGUACUCAAAGUACCGCUGCAGUGCCGUGGUGCUCAACGGAGAGAUUUAUGUGAUAGGGGGUAUUGGAUGUGAGGGUCUGGACCGUGGACAAUCCCGUCAUUGUCUGAAUGCUGUAGAAAUCUACAACCCAAAUGGUGAUAACUGGAGGGAUGGACCGCCUCUCCCAUGUCCCCAGCUCUCACUGCGUACCAAUGCGUCCAAUGCAGGAGUGGUGGGAGGAAAGAUUUAUGUCUGUGGUUACUACAAAGGAGCAGAUCGUCAUGAUGAUAUAACAAAGGACAUUCUGGAGCUGGACCCACGGGAUAAUCGAUGGACAGUAGUGGUUCGACACGCACUGAUGCAUGACAACUAUGACGUCUGCUUAGUGGCAAAUCUCAACCCAAGGGGACUCAUAACCCCACCAACAGACUUAGUCAAACUGUGACACACAGCUGCCAGUCCGACCAAAGUCUGUGUGGGAAAAUUAGUGCAGGAAAUUAAUUAUUAAUGCACUUAAUGAUGGGUCAAAAGCAUUUUUUUUCUGGUGGAAAAGGGUCUUAGUGCUCUGCAUGGAAGAGAGUAUGUACUUGAUGGCUGAAUUGCACAUUUGUAGGCAGAAAAGUAAUUUUUAAAUAUAGGAUAUUUGUGCAUGCGUGUGUGCACCAUCUGCAGAAACAACAAUCUGCAACCUGCAGUGAAGCUUUGGAAAGGAUUAUCAACAAAAGUAUUACGUUUAUAUUUCUUUCAGGCUUAAAUUAGUAUUUUUAGAUUUGAAACAGGCUCAGAUAUGCAUUUGGUUUUGCAUAAACAUACUUUGUCAGGGUCGUAGACAUUGCAAAAUCUACUUUUAUAAA